GUGAUUUAAUUUAAUUCCACCAUCUACCCGCAAGAACAGUAUUUUUGUUACUUUCUUCUUUUAUGCCUUUUUUUUAUAAAAUAGUUAUUUAAAUUAGUAUUUAAUUUAUUAAAUAAAGCACAUUCAUUACCUCAUUAAUAAUCAAAAGCAAUAAUGAACGACAGGCCGCCAAUAUACAGCCCACCACUGCGGCCAGAGGACGAAGAAGAUGAGCGCAGACAUUUCCUCAACAUUAUUCAAGCUCUUAAAUGUUACAGAUCAUAUUCAUAUGCUCGAGUUGAUAAAACUGAAUACUACCUCAACACUCUGAAUGAACGUCAUCAGAAUAUGUUGGCCAAAUAUCGCAACCACAUUGGAGACGUCCGCUAUUGCAUUGACGAAAAUUUUAAAGUUAUCCAAAAAAUGCUACGUGACUCGGAUGAAGUUGAAAAGCUCUUCUGCCAAUACCCCGGUCCAGCAGUUCGUCAAGAAGAUAGUCAGGCGUCGCAAAAAGUGCGUUAUCAAGAUAUGGAAAAUCCAGUCGUUGAACCUUUUAAAUUAUUAAAGGUCCAGUCCACACUGAAGCAGUUUGCACGUGAUUGGAGCGCUGAAGGCGAACCCGAACGCUCACAAUGUUACAAACCAAUUAUUGAUGCAAUUGAGAGCUUUUUUGACCCUGAAAAAAUGGAAUUAAAUGAAGUCAAAGUUUUAGUACCUGGAGCUGGUUUAGGACGAAUGGCAUAUGAGCUGGCAUGCCGAGGAUACUUUUGCGAAGGCAAUGAGUUUUCAUACUUUAUGUUGAUUGCUUCCAAUUUUGUGCUGAACCAAUGUACGAUUGAAAAUCAGUUUACAUUGUAUCCAUGGGUGCAUCAGUAUGUUAAUAAUUUACGAAAAUGUGAUCAAAUUGCUCCUAUUAAAUUUCCCGAUGUGUGUCCAUUAAAGUCACCACCGAAAGGUGAAAUAAUGAUAACCGCUGGCGAUUUUCUACAGGUUUAUGAAAUACCAAAUUCAUAUGACUGUGUGGCGACAUGUUUCUUUAUAGACUGCGCAAAUAAUAUUGUAGAGUUUAUCGAAACCAUAUAUAAAAUUCUAGUUCCUGGUGGAAUAUGGGUUAAUCUAGGCCCACUGUUGUAUCACUUCAGCGACAUGCAAUCAGAAAACAGUAUCGAGCCAACGCACGAAGACCUAAUGACAAUAAUUGAUGCAGUCGGAUUCGAAACAAUCAAGAGUGAGACUGGUGUACGUACAAAAUAUGCACAAAACCCUAGAUCCAUGCUUAAGAGUGAAUAUGAAAGUCUCUUUUGGGUGUGUCGCAAACCAAGUAUAUGUCCGAAACCGCCAACAGAAACUGAGCAGAAUGGAAGACCAGCGGAAAUGACAGUUGAAUGAAGCGACAACUAGUAAAACAUUGCAUUGUCUUCUCCAAAAAUGAAUUAGCUUUACGUUUCUUUCUUUUUUUUCACACACAUUAUAUUUUUCAUUUAUUUUUC